AUGACCGGCUCGCAAUCGUCCAUCGCUGCCUCACAUACCAUGUUGUCUGUCCAUUCGCAGGAUAUCCAGGAGCAACACCGUCGAUAUAGCCAACAUUACCACCAGCACAACCCUCAUCACGAAGCCAACGCCAACGGCAACAUUGCCCCCGUCAGUCACGCCCGUCACCCCCAGACGCACCUCGCCGCCCCAAUGCCUCACCGCGAGUCCGAAUCUCCCGUGCUGAGCCACCAGCCCUUAAGCACCAUGGGCGGCCCCAAUGCCUCGUCCAAGACGCCGCAGGACGCGGCCGUGGCCCAGGCGCUCGAAAUCGCGCGCGAGAGCCCUGAUGGUGCCUCGGAUCCGACGGUUAGCAAGAUCCUGGAGCAUGCCCUGUCACAUAUCUGGGGCAAGGUCAAGGCCCAGCCGGAUGGCUAUGUCAUGACCCGAGACGAAUUUGCCGUCUUCAACUUCUUUCAGCACCGCUUUGUUGGCGACAAGGACGCCGUAGCCGCGAGAAAACGCUACUGGGACAACUUCCGGGCUUAG